UGUUCCAAAAAAAAUUAAAGACAGGUGCAACGUCUGCUAUGUUCCUUUUUCUUUCUUGUCCUUGCAGCUUUUUGUGUAAUAUCCAUUAAAAUUAAUAUUAAAAACUAUCAACGUACUUAAAAUAUAAAAAAAUUCCAACUUAAAAUGUAUCACACACCCAUUAAACGUCCAUCAAGUGCACCCGACCCAGAAUUCCAUACACCUCUAACAUUCAGCAAAGAACUCAAACAAGUGCUCAACGAACGGAAUCUUCUUACUGCAAAAACAAGAAAAAGAGUUUGUUCAUUACUUGACCGAAUAACACCCGAUAAAAAUGAUGUCUUCGAUCGUCGUCAAUCUUUUCGACUUCAAGCCAUUCAAGAAAUCAUCAGCUCUGAGAAAGCCUAUCUCAAGCAAUUGGAAAUUUUGAUGGAAUAUUUUGUUGUUCCUUUGAAAGAACAGGGAAUUCUUAGUGACAGUUCGCAUACAACACUUUUUGGUCAAAUUGAAAUGAUUUACAAUUUAAAUGGGGAACUUCUGAAAGAGAUUGAAUUGAAUGAGGAGAAUGUUGCUCAAGCAUUUUUGAAAAUGGCACCAUUCUUUAAAUUAUACUCAGUUUAUGCUUUUGAUUAUAAAAGUGCUUUGUUGAUUCUUCAGGAUUUUACUAGCAAAAAUCCAGUUUUCAGAAAGUUUCUCGAAAGCACUGAAACUCGUCCUGAGGUUCAGAGAAAAUUGAAUUCACUUAUGAUUGCUCCAAUUCAAAGAGUUCCCCGUUACAAGUUGUUGCUGGAACAGGUUCUGCUUUAUACUAGUCCAGCUGAUGCUGACUUUAAGCUGUUGAAAGAAUCAGUAAAAUUGGUUGAGAGUACAGUAUCCCACAUCAAUUCUGUCAUCGAAGAUCAAGAAGUCACCCAAAGGCUUUUAAAUCUUCAGAAUUCCCUUAUCAAUCGUACACCCAACAUUGUCAAACCAAGUCGCAAGGUCAUCAAGGAGGGAAUUCUCAACAAGGUCAAUCGCAAAGGAGAUGAAAUCAAACGCUAUUGUGUCCUAAUGUCUGAUAUCUUUAUGUAUUGCAAGAUCUUGAAGGAUCGUCCCAAGGACACAGUUGUGGAGAACUCUCUUGAAUGCUGUUGCAUCUUUCCAUUGAAAAAGUGCAAAGUUUACGAGAUGUUUCCAGGAAAUUUCAAAAUUACCUGUCAAGGAGAUGGAAUCAUUCUCUGUACAAGUGAUUUGAAUUUAGGAAGAACCUGGGUGGGAUUCAUCAAGGAUGCAAUCGAAUUACACAUCAUUUGCAGGAAGACACUUCGCAAGGAAUCUAGUAAAAGGACACCAAUUAGGAAAAAGGACAUAAAAUACUUUGAUUCGGACUUCAUCAUGAGCCCAAAUAAACGUAAAUGUGAUUAUGAGACAGUUUUCCGUAACAAACGUAGUAGCGACUCAGACGAUAGUGAUGGGAAAUCUUCAUGCUUUGGUCGUUUCAAAGAAGUCGCCACCAACUUCAAGAGACCAAAGGAUGAUACUAAUGUCCCAGUUUACACCAAUUGUCUGUCGAAAGCUAAGAACAGUCUCACAACAGACAAAAUUCCAUCAUGUCCACCGCGCCGUCGAAGUAUUUUAAAGAAAACCAAACCAAUUGUGACCAAAAAGGAUGACCAAGACCCCACAUAUGGAUUUGCAACACAUUUCACCGAUUCAAAGUCAUAUUUCCGAGCCCAAACUGUAGAUUCAACCAUUCCCACUACGAUUACUCGCCAGGAUUUCUUCAAUGAACAAUCUUCAGACGGUGAAGGAGGUUUAAAAGAUAUUCUCUAUCCUCUGCGUUCGAGUGGAGGAAGUAACAAAAGUGGUAGUACUGGAUGGAUUGCAACCAAAAGGGGAAAAGAAAAUCAUCAAAGCCAUGAAUCAGGAUCAUCACCGAGGAAACGAGUCAAAUUUGAUGACUUGCAGCAGAAUGAAAAACAAGAUAAAGCCGAGCCAUAUAAAUUUUCUAAUAAUUUGGUUACGGCAAAAAAUGCCGGAGCAGCGCCAACACCACUACACGAACGUAUUUAUGACUUUUUUGUAAAAUUAUUUUAAGUGUACCUUAACUAUUUUUUGUUUUUUUGAUAUUUUAAGGAAUUAUAUAUAUAUUUUUUGUGUGUAUUUAUUUUCUGUUCUUGAAUUCUCUUUAUGUCAUAAUUUAAAAAAGUUUAAUAA